AUGCUCAUCUUCGCACAGAUCAGUUUGGAAGCAGCCUUGGGAGGCAGGGACGAGGAUCGCAACCUUGCCAUCAACAAGUGGUUGCAGAUAGCAUCCAGUACCUUGCAUACGCGUGCCAACCACUUCCUCAGGUUCAUCUUGUGGACCACGAAGCAAGGUGUUGUUGCCUUGCCGCUCACCGAGCCUGUUGUGCAUCACUACUUCGUGACGACCGCGGCAGCCGCGGCCCCCACAGCCUUCAGGAGUUUUCUGUCUUCGGUGGGCUUCGCGAAGUUUGUGGUCGGGCUAGGGUCGGCCGAUGCAGUGCUCAUGUCGGGCAGGAUUGUCGGCCUAUCGGCUAAAGCUUACAUGGACAAGAGACCCCUGUGCCAGAGGGAGCCGCUCCUUGUUGCCGAGGUUGAGAGGCUCGAAAAGCAAGUGCUUGAUGAAGAAAGAGGUAAGCCUGACCGCGUUGCAGCUGGCUACUUUUUGUUUCUGACUUUCGGCAGGGCUAGAUACAGCGAUGGGCAGCGUGUCACUCGACUUAAGCUUUCUGCGUGUGGCAAGUACCUUGAGGCGGAGGUUGCGCGCUCGAAAUCCAGCAUGUCGCUGGAAAGGAAGACGCGGCUCCUUCCUGUCACUGCAAAUGCUGAGGGCAUCCUGGGCUCCGGCUGGGGCCGAGUCUGGUUCGGUCUCCUCGCCUCAGAAGGCAUAACCUCCUGGGAACAACAGGCCUCUGCUCCCGGCUCCGCGGAGCCAUGGUCCCUUGACACCGUGCUUGGAAAGAUUCGCCAGCGAUCCUUCAGGCCGGACGCUCCAAGAGGAGAGCAGUUUCAGGACGCCGAUGCUGCUGCCGCGCCGGCAGCAGCCCCUGAAGAUGAGUGCGGAGUAGGAGACAUGGUGUCUAGCUCGGAGGACAGUGCCGAUGAGGAGCACCCAGACCGAGAGCUCGACGAGGCUGCCGAAGCUGAGGCCCUGGGACGUUGGCAUGGCAGAGUCGACUUGGCGAAGCUUGGUGAGUCCCCUCAGUUUUAUAGACACACUUUAUCUAGAGUCUUGCACUUGCUCGCAGAGGAAGGUGGAACUACCUUCAAAUGUGGGCGCACCAUUACGGCUGCAUAUGAGAACUUGGUUGACAUGCCAAGAGUUUUGUAUCCUCGGUGCAAGCAAUGCUUCCGCUCUAUGCUGCAGGCCUAA